GAAUGUGAUAAUGGACCCAUGUCUGGACGCUAUGUUACCGUACACUUCAAUAAAACAUCUUCUCUCGUGGUGUGUGAGGUGAAGAUCUACGGUACAAAAAAACAUGGCUUGAUGCUGGUCCAAGAGAACAGAACCUGGGAAGAAGCCCUGUACCACUGCAGGGACUUAAACAUGGAUCUGGUGUCCAUCCUCAAUGAAGACACUCAGGGCUUGGUUGAGUUGGAGGCCAGGAAGGCUGACAGUCCCUAUGUAUGGCUGGGUCUUCACUACACCUGCACCCUGGAUUUCUGGUUCUGGGUCGAUGAUCACGUCGUAUCAUUCAACCACUGGGGUCCAGGAGAGAAAGAAAUAGAAAACUGUGACAUGAGUGCUGUCAUGGACACAAAAGGAAAUCACACCUGGUUGAAGAAGUCAGACUGUGAUGAGUAUAAUUUCAUCUGUGCAGAGUAAAAGACUUGUUUGACUUUACUUACUGAGUAGUGGAUGUCCCUCUAAUAUAUCAUGUGUGAGGGGUCCUGGCCCAGAGUAGCAGCUUUUCAGAUGUAGUACUGCUGAAAUGAAGCCAACAUUUCUACUCUGGUCUAUGAAGAUGUUUUUGUUUCUUUGUUUCCAACAGUUUGUAUUGUUACUUUCUUUGCUACAGUUAAUUCACUGAUAAUAAUGUAUUCUGAUGGUUAUAUGACAUCAGUUGUUGCUGUAAAUAAAUUAUUUUAGUGUAAUUGGAUACUUAUCAGCUGUGGGUUUAUUUAAAUUUCAUUUUAAUUCUUCUAUCAAAAAAAUAUGUUAUGAUUCAGAAACAGUUAUAAUUAGUUUGAAUUUCAUAUGAAUUCAGGAUGCAGUGUCAUUUUAUUUAUACAAAGCAGUUAUAUUUGCAUCCUUCAGCGUGUACAUUAGCUUGAAUGGGAUUUACAGAGGAUGUUAUUUCUCACAUAGAACAUUAGGACUAAUAUGGAAAUGCUACUUGUUCUUGCCUGGGUUCUUAUUGAGUCUAAAUAAAAACUAAGAUGUG